ACAUAGAAUCUCUGCACGAUUGCCCUCUCUCUCUCUCUCUCUCACACACUCUCUCUGUUACAACUGCUCCUGCACCUGGAUGCUCUUCCAGGUGGUCCGAAGGGAGGCCGGUUUGCUCGCUUGAUGCUAUCCCUGCUUUCGUCGUCUCGCCUUUGCCGCGUCUCUUUCCCUUUGAUGUCUUCCCCGUGCGUCUCCGUUGAUGGCGUCCUUUCCACAGGGUUACAAACUCUAGGUUUCCUUGGUACUAUACGCGUUGUUCCUUGCUUCGAUUUGAAGAAAAAGGAGGCUUCUCUUGAUACAAUUCGAUCUGUCAGAGGUUCUUUGUUUUUCUGGGCGAGAUGAGUGAUCGUAAGUUCAUCAUGUUUGGGUCAUUCACUGAAGAUGAGACUAGAUUGUUUCAGAGUCAAUAUUUCAAUCGUACGCACUCUUUGGAUAAGGCUGGACAGCCAUGUGGGUCAUUGGACCUUACCUCAAAUUUGUAUAAAGGUUCUACUAACGGACCAAAGGUUGAUACUUCAUCUGAAAAAUCAGAAGAUCUUAAUGUUUCGGAUGAUAUUUCAGAUCUAAUAUACGUUGAAGAAGCUGUCAAAGUAAAUGACAGCUUACAGAAGGUUACAGUGGCCCAAACAAAGGGAUCAACCAUUGAUUCUUGCCAGAGUUAUAGGUCGAUAGAGACAGGGAAGGAUGCCUUAGGUGUAACGUCUCUCUGUGUAACUGACAAGGGCAAUUCUGGUGUUGACUUGUCAGAGCCAAAGGACCAAGAAGGAUGGAUUCAAACAUCAAAUGCUGAUACUUUUAGUCCCUUUUCUUUGGCAGUUGAAUGCCCUAAGGCGGAUGUCCCAAGAACAUGGGCUGAGAAAGGGGGAACAGCUGAAAGUAUUCGACCAAGAGGUUUAAUAAAUUUAGGAAAUCUGUGUUUCUUAAAUGCAACAUUGCAGGCACUUUUGGCUUGUUCACCUUUUGUCGGGCUUUUGCAGGAUUUGAGGAAUAGAAAUAUUUCUAAGAUGGACUAUACGACAUUGUAUGCAUUUGUUGAAUUUAUCUCUGAGUUUGACAUGCCUGAUAACUUAAGUGCAAAGGCUAGUGGAAAGGCAUUCCUUGAAAGUGGAAAACCUUUCAGUCCUAAUAUGUUUGAUGUGGUUCUGAAAAGAUUUACUCCAGACAUGCCAACUGGUAUAUCAAGCAGACCAAGGCAAGAAGAUGCCCAAGAGUUCUUAAAUUUUAUCAUGGAUCAAAUGCAUGAUGAACUGUUGAAACUUAAUGGUAACUUCUCCAACAGAAAUGAUGGUGAAAAUGCUCUCAUUUCUUCUACUGAAGAUGAAGGGUGGGAAACUGUUGGACCAAAGAAUAAGUCUGCUAUCACCAGAACUCAGAGCUUUAUGCCAUCACAGCUAAGUGCAAUAUUUGGAGGCCAAUACAAAAGUGUGGUGAAGGCAAGAGGAAAGAAGGCUUCAGCUACAGUUCAGCCUUUCCUAUUGCUCCACCUUGACAUAUUUUCCGAGUCAGUGAAUACUAUUGAAGAUGCUCUACAUCUGUUUGCUGCUUCUGAAAGUCUUGAAGGAUAUAGAAUAUCAGAUGGCUCAGCUGGUUCAGUUAGUGCCAGCAAGUCAGUGAAGAUACAACAACUGCCCAAGAUAAUGAUAUUGCAUCUCAUGCGGUUUAGCUAUGGAAGCAGAGGAAGCACAAAGCUGCAUAAGCCUGUUCGUUUUCCACUUGAUCUGAUUCUUGGGCGUGAGCUCCUAGCAUCACCAACUUCAGAGAGCCGAAGAUAUGAACUUGUGGCGACUAUCACACACCACGGUCAAGGGCCUUCACAUGGUCACUAUACCACUGAUGCAAAGACUUCUACCAGCCAUUGGCUUCGUUAUGAUGAUUCAUCAGUGAUGGCUAUCACCGCAAACAAAGUCUUGGACGACCAUUCUUAUAUUUUGUUUUAUAAACAAACUUAGCUUAUGUAAUGGUUUAUCUCCUUUUGAUCAUGUUUAUCAUGAACAUUUUCCUGAGCUAAUUUUGCAUGGGUACUCUCCAUACUUAGUUGAGGUGAAUUGCUAUUCCGAACUGAAUAUUAUGCAUUGCCAAAGUUGUAAUAUUUAGUUUCUUCAAUUAAUACUCUUUUUUGACUUA